CCCUUUUUGGGAAAAGGGUUUGCGCGGCCAGCGGAGUUCAUCUGGGAUUAGGUUGGAAUGUAUUUCCUGUCAGCUUUUUGCGCUUUUGGAUGACGGAAAGUCACUCAUUGUCCUGCAGUUUUCCAUCCUGGUGCUGUUUAACUAGUUUAACAUGUUGAGAAAUGUGGACUUGGAUGGCAUGGAGGCCACAUACAGGUUAUUAAUGGAGACCUUUCCUGAAGAUGUGCUGAGUUUUUGAAAGAUUUGGGUUUUGAGCCAUGUUCCUUUUGGAUGGGAACAGUUCUGAAGGGAUGGAGAGGGGGACAGCUCAGAGGAAAACGGUGUACCGCAUUUCCCUCACGCUGGUUAAGAAGGAGACAUUGAAGGAUGGAGGUGGCACAUUGGAAAAGCCUAAAGUCGGAGUUUUCAGGCAUCAAGCCUCCCUGGAUGUCCAGCGCAGUGGUCUCUUGGAACAAGUCCAGGAAGUGGAUGAUGAAUCGGAUGAUUUGUCCUUGCAAAACAACAUGAGGAACUUCAGAACGUAUAGCACAGGUCAGCUGGAGUUGGGGAGGCUUAAACUGGCCCGCAAAGAAAAGCUCAUGAUGGCCAAGAAGAAAGCCCCCACGUUUACAAAUUCACAGGACUCGCCACCUUCUAGCAGACUUGAGGAGAAUAUUUCUACCAGGACAGACUCCGCUGGGAAUGUGGUCAGUAACGGUAUGAUGAAGGUGAAGAGACUCUUCAAGUCAAAGAGUUUGGAUAAGAGUCCACAGUCGUUAGACCAAGGCGACACGCCACACAUAAACGGGACGACGCCUUUAAACGGGCAACCUCAAGACGAGCCUGCCAGCAUGCUACGCCGCAGCUUCAGCUUUCGGCACUGGACAGGGAGCGAGCGGCUACGUUUGCAAGCGCUAAUGAAGGACAAACACCGCAGCAGCUCUGCUCGCGUAGGCCAGGAAGUCGUCCAUGCUGAUGCCGAGCUCCAGAGCCCCACAGGUCGCCCUCGCCUUGGCACCAUAGAGAAGAGCCAGACGCUAGAGGUCGGUGCUCUCCUGAACAAGAAGGAUCCCACAUUUGAAAUAAGCCGCUGGGAGAGGGCACAUGGCGGCAAGAAUCGCACGUUGGAUAACAGCGACUUGCAGAAUCUGGCUGAACACAAGGAUGGGACGGCGCUGCAUCUUCAGAGAGGAGAAGGAGGACGUUCGAGUGAGAGGAGGCUGAUACGCUUCUUCAGUGGAUUCUUCUCCCGCACCUCAACACCGGUGGGAAGCCCCAGCACGGUCCACUCUCUCUGUCCCAGGACCACUCUUUUGCAGUCCAGCACAGAGAGUGUGAACGGGAGCACAAGCGAUGCGUUUGUGAACAGCCAGGAGUGGACUCUCAGUCGCUCUGUGCCGGAACUCAAAGUGGGCAUUGUAGGUAACCUGGCCAGCGGGAAGUCAGCACUGGUCCACAGGUACCUUACAGGAACAUAUGUCCAAGAGGAGUCACCUGAAGCUGACGUGGAUGCAGGUGGUCGCUUUAAGAAAGAGAUGGUGGUAGAUGGGCAAAGUCACCUGCUGCUCAUCAGGGACGAAGGGGGCCCCCCGGAGGCACAGUUCGCUUUGUGGGUUGAUGCAGUCAUCUUUGUCUUCAGUCUGGAGGAUGAGAUCAGCUUCCAGACAGUUUAUCACUAUUUCAACCGCCUUGCCAACUACAGGAACGCAGCAGACCUCCCUUUGGUCUUAGUCGGCACGCAAGAUGCCAUCAGCUCGACCAACCCGAGAGUGAUUGACGACAGUCGGGCCAGAAAACUGUCCAACGACCUAAAGCGCUGCACUUACUAUGAAACCUGUGCCACCUAUGGCCUCAAUGUGGAGCGAGUCUUCCAGGAUGUUGCUCAGAAGAUCGUGGCCACUCGAAAGAAACAGCAGCUGUCCAUCGGCCCGUGCAAAUCGCUCCCCAACUCCCCGAGUCACUCGUCUAUUUGCACUACACAGGUGUCUAACGUCCAGGUCAGCCAGACAAGCAAUGGCGGUGGCAGUUUGAGCGACUACUCGUCAUCAGUGCCGUCCACGCCGAGCACCAGCCAGAAGGAGCUGCGCAUCGACGUUCCUCAGAGCACCAAUACACCCACGCCCGUCCGCAAGCAAUCCAAGCGUCGCUCCAACCUCUUCACUUCAAGGAAGACCAGCGAGACAGACAAGGAUAAGAAAGGUCUGGAGGCUCGAGCCGACAGCAUCGGCAGCGGGCGAGCCAUUCCCAUCAAACAGGGUAUGCUACUGAAGAGGAGCGGCAAGUCCCUCAACAAGGAGUGGAAGAAAAAGUAUGUGACGCUGUGUGACAAUGGGCUGCUAACCUACCACCCCAGUCUUCAUGACUACAUGCAGAACGUCCACGGGAAAGAGAUCGACCUGCUCAGGACCACGGUCAAGGUGCCUGGUAAACGGCCGCCACGGGCCGUAUCCACCUGCGCAGUCAUGCCCAAAACCAACGGACUGACCAAGGACUUGAGCAGCCUGCAGCUGGGACACAAUCCCGGUUCGGUGAGCAGCAGCUCGUCAGUAUCUCAGAUGGCGAGCGGCAUUAGCCUAAUGUCCUUCAGCAGCCGUGGCCCAGACGGCAUGGGUGGGCACCAGCGAUCAUAUUCCGUCUCCAGCGCCGACCAGUGGACUGAUGCUACUGUCAUUGCCAACUCGGGAAUCGGAACCGACGCAGGCCUGGGGGACUCCAUGUCUUCCAGUCCCAGCAUCUCCAGUACGACCAGUCCGAAGAUGGAGCCGCCCCCAUCGCCACACGCCAACCGCAAGAAACACCGGCGGAAGAAAAGCACCAGCAACUUUAAAGCAGACGGCCUCGCUGGUACUGCUGAAGAGCAAGAGGAGAACUUUGAGUUCAUCAUUGUAUCGCUUACGGGUCAGACGUGGCAUUUUGAAGCCACUUCGUAUGAGGAGCGAGACGCCUGGGUGCAGGUCAUCGAGGGUCAGAUCUUGGCCAGUCUUCAGUCUUGUGAGAGCAGUAAAAACAAGUCUCGUCUGACCAGCCAGACGGAGGCCUUGGCGCUGCAGUCCAUCAGAAAUAUUCGUGGAAAUAGCCGCUGUGCCGACUGUGACGCUCAAAACCCGGACUGGGCCAGCCUCAACCUCGGCGCCCUGAUUUGUAUUGAGUGCUCAGGUAUCCACCGGAACUUGGGCACACACCUAUCCCGGGUGCGCUCGCUGGACCUUGAUGAGUGGCCCCUUGAACUCCUCAAGGUCAUGUCGGCCAUUGGCAAUGACUUUGCUAACAGCGUGUGGGAGGCCAACUCACAGGGUCACCUGAAGCCUGGACCAGAUGCAAGCAGGGAGGAACGUGAGCGCUGGAUCCGAGCCAAGUACGAGCAACGGGUUUUUUUGCCAUCGCUGCCGUGCGCCGAGCUUUCGCUCGGCCAGCAGCUGUUGAGGGCCACGGUGGAAGAAGAUCUGCGCGCGGUUGUACUGCUGCUGGCGCACGGCUCCAGGCAGCAGGUCAACGAGACAUGCGGCGAAGGAGACGGACGCAACGCGCUACACUUAGGCAGCCGCAAAGGCAACGUGGUCAUCACACAGCUUCUCAUCUGGUACGGUGUGGAUCUAAUGGCGAGGGACGCUCACGGCAACAGCGCACUGGCAUACGCCCGGCAGGCCAACAGCCAGGAAUGCGUGGACACGCUGACCCAGUACGGCUGCCCCGAUGAACGCUACCCGCUCAUGGCCACACCCAACUUGUCGCGCCGCAACGCCAACCGCAACAACAGCUGCAGCAGCGCGAGCAGCGGCGCCUUCAUUUGAGGCCUCAUUGGGAGAAGCUAACUCUUUUCUUUAGGGAACCGCUCACUACCUGCCGCGACUCUGGACGAGCGUGGAAAGUACCCAAAGCAUGCUGGGUACCGUACUGGGUCACUUUCACCUCAGACUUUCGAUAGCUGGCGUCCUCCUUUUCUUCUCACACUACAAGGCCAGUUUGCUCUCAGGCAGCGUCACUUUCCCGGCCCGAGCAUAUCGUUACGCAUAUGUAUUUCAAACUUCUGUGAACUAAUUUACCCGUGUUAAAUGUGACAAUGUUGGAUCAGGCUCAGGGACACGGUCGGUCAGAACCUGCACGUCUAACAUUUCAGGACUUACUAAGUACUCCGCUCGACUUGGACUGAAACGACCUAACUUGACAGUUUCAAUUUUCAAUGACUUUUUCCAAGCGGGAGCCAUGAUUUGGAGAGAAGCAGGUAUCGUGAAGGGCGCUCCUAACAGGAUUACAAAGAGUGCUUUUGGAAUGCGUGAUUGUGAUUGUGUAGCUAAUUAAUGCAAGAACAGAUACUGAGUGCAAAGUGUGAAUACAGUAUGUUGUGAUCCAGAAAGAUUGUAUGACUUGACCCGACCUGGAACUUUACGUUUAAGCGAUUGGCUGGCAUUGACGGAGAUAGUCCAUCGCCGUCAAUGGCAGCCAAUGAAUUAGGACUGCUUCAUGACUUCCUCCCACCUCUUCUUAAAGACACGUGUCCGUGUCCAAAUAGCUCCUGACUUAGCAGAAAGUCCUAAGAAAUCAAAGGGAAGGAAACGCUAACCACUUCUAACUCAUGUAAACACACACUUGCAAAGACAUGACUCACGUUACUACACCGUCCCUUUAACACUCACAAUGAGGUCACAUGAUUCGUUGUCCAUUUGUCUGGUUCCUGGUGGAACAAAAAGGGAAACUCUACGGGUGUUUUUACACCAGGAACUCGUAAACUCCUUCUAUCUUUCAACUUUAGGAUUUUUUUUGUCCUGUGCAAAUAAUUUAAAGAUAAUGUUAUGUUCCUCCUCGACUGAAGGUGGUGCUCAUUUAUUCCACUACUUCAAGUUAGACCUCGAACCUGGGGGCUAUUUAUUUAUUUACUCACUCUUUCUACUUUUGCUUCAGAGUGUCGAGUCUGACAUCGGGAAGGCCGACACUUGAAAGCGAGGCUGUAUUAGUGGAUGAUUGAGGGCUACAAAAUAUGCUAAUAGUCUUGCAUAUCUCAUUGAUUUGACUGAAUGUGCGGUUAGUUCGCUGUGUUUUCUCACUACAUGCCAGUCUGCCAACUUCUUUCAUAUUUGUAUAAAGCCUAAGCUAGGUACACGCAUUCCGAUUUUGAACGUAUUAACCUGACAGACAUGGAUCAAUGCUUGCCAUUGACGGCGAUAGACGUCUCAUCCAUUUUGACUGGGAGGGCGAGAGCGAUUAUUAUUAAAUGAAUUGGACAUCUAUCGCCGUCAAUGGCAGUGAAUGAGUCAGAUGAUCACUAUGCGUGUACCCCGCUUUAAGAAAAGAAAAAAAACACUCCGUUAAUCUUUGCCUUUGUUGUGACACACCUGCCUUCAUUCAACCUGUGUUUGUAUACCCCACCAUUAUUGACCCCUGAAAAUGAACUUUUAUAUUGUCAUAUUUUUAUGACACGUGCUAUUUUAUUUAUGACGUAAAUGCACUAAAUUCACUCAGCAUUAGCUCAUAGCCUUGAGGCGGCUUGCUAUUUUCGCCAAGCAGCUAGCAGUUGGCUUGAAGUUUCCUCAGAUUUAUCCGGACGUCUUCUAAAAAAAUCUAUGCUAGCACUAGUAAAAAAGAAAACAUUCAAUCAUAAAAUGAAAAGCUUGUGUGGUUUAGGUUUCACAUGUGCUAACAGGGGAGCUUUAGCUAGCUCUGCAAAGGUUAGCAGCUAGCGGUUGGCUUGAAGUUUACUCAAAUUUGUCCGACUUUGUUAUUCUUCACUUUGCCAGCACAAGUAUAGAAAUUAAAAUUAAAAAGUUAGUUAGUUUUCACUUGGGCUAACAUGAGAGCUUAAGAUAGCUGUCAGAACCCUCAUUUCCCCUUCACCACUUGUUCAAAUCCAUCCAUGUUUUUUAAUCUGUUUUCUUGUUCGGACACAUUAUUGAUGUUCUGUGGUUCUAAUUAUUAUUAUUGUUUAGUUGGAUGUACAGUAAGAUAAAACAGUCUUUUACUGUAAUGUGUCUCUUUUCAAUAAAGACCAGAAUGAUGCUCA